AGGGCUAGAAGAGACAGGCGUCUAUAUCGGGACAUCCCCAGCUGUCGGCGGCAGAAACCUGACCAGGUGGCUCCAUCCUUUAGCCGGACGCGUCACGACGCAGAGCUCCGACAGCUUGCUAAUCUCCUUCGCUGUGACGCCAGCGGUGCGUAAAACCUGGACGGGGCUCGCCUUGGGUGCUUCGGUCUCCGUCUUCUUCACUCAAAGUAGGACACCAUCGGCGUCUUUUGGUCCUCGGGAUGUCUGAGUAACCGGAAGGGAUGACUCUUCUUGCGUGGAUUUGAUCAAGUGUCCAUCAGGUCUCCCCGUCCAAAGUCCUUUCAUAUCAUGUUGCCAGAGAUAAACAAGACGUCACGCCCGGAGGCCUUCCCUCACAGACACCCGGCAGAGGGCAGUCGGCUUGGGACAAACCGAUCCUGCUUACAGAAGUUUGGCCAAGGGGGGGGGACUUUGCCUCAGCUGGAGCCUCCAGUGGUCCAGGUGGUGGUCAGCAAUGCCAAGAACCAGCAGCAGCAGACCGACAGCAUCCUGCCCCACAUUGCCAGCAAGGGGGUCCAGAACCACUAUCAGACAAACACAGUUGAGAGGCAAAAGCCCACUCAGCACUUCACCAUGCGAUUUGGGGCGGCCAUGGAUAAAAUGUCCCGCAGCAGAAUCUUCAGCAACAAGCCGGAUAAAGAAAUGGCGCACGAGGGACACAGGCUGCCCUUGUCUCCCACAGACGCGCUCAACAACUUCCAAGAUCGCCUCACCGACUUUGAGAAGGAGGAGAUCAUGGACUACGCCGAGAUCUGGUUCCUGGGUCUGGGCUCUCAGAAGAUCGAGGCUUCCCAGGCUGCACCGCAGAACUGUGGCUAUGAUGACGAGCACGGAAGCUACAUCAGGGUGCUGCACGACCACAUCGCCUACAGAUUUGAAGUGCUGGAAGUGAUUGGAAAGGGCUCCUUCGGCCAGGUGCUGAAAUGUCUGGACCACAAGAACAAUGAGCUCGUAGCGGUUAAGAUGAUACGCAACAAGAAGAGGUUUCAUCACCAGGCUCUCGUAGAGCUGAAGAUCCUGGACGUGAUAAAGAGGAAAGACAAAGACAACCUCCACAACGUCAUACACAUGAAGGAGUACUUCUACUUCCGAAAUCACCUCUGCAUCUCCUUUGAGCUUCUCGGGGUCAACUUGUACGAGCUCAUCAAAAAAAACAACUUCCAGGGCUUCAGUGUGGCUCUCAUCCGUCGCUUCACCCACGCUCUCCUCAGGUGUCUGCAGAUGCUCCACAGGGAGAAGAUCAUUCACUGCGACCUCAAGCCGGAGAACAUCCUUUUGUCUCAACGAGGCCCGGGGAACAUCAAGGUGGUGGAUUUUGGCUCCAGCUGUUAUGAACAGCAAAGGGUGUACACCUACAUCCAGAGCCGCUUCUACCGCUCCCCAGAGGUCAUCCUGGGUCACCCCUACAGCAUGGCCAUUGACAUGUGGAGCCUGGGCUGCAUCCUGGCGGAGCUCUACACCGGAUACCCUCUCUUCCCUGGGGAGAGCGAAGUGGAGCAGAUUGCUUGCAUCAUGGAGGUUCUUGGAAUGCCUCCCAGUGAUUUUGUUCAGUCUGCAUCGAGGAAGAGGCUGUUUUUUGACUCGAAAGGGAAUCCCAGAAACAUCACCAACAGCAAAGGGAGGAAACGAAGGCCCCAUUCCAAGGAGCUGUCCACUACACUAAAAACAAACGAUGUUUUGUUCUUAGACUUCAUCAAACGCUGCCUGGUUUGGGAUCCAACCAAACGGAUGACGCCCGAUGAGGGCUUACAGCAUGACUGGAUCCUGGAGGGGAAUUUCAACAAGGUGAGGCCCAGACCAAAAGCGUCGGUGAAGAAGCAGGCGGACAGUGUGAUCACGACAGAGAGCAAUGGCGGACACAACUACAGUAAACAAGCUCGUGGAAAAUCUGCGGAGAGGUUCAGCUCGGAAGACAACUCUGACAGUGACAGGCUGAAGAGAGAUGGCUCUGACACCAGCAGGGCCCCCACCGAGCGUCUGCGGCCCAUCGGGGCUUCUGCGGAGGAGAAGGUGUGCGAGAGCGAGAAUCGCAAGCAGCAGGAUUCGGGUUCGGGUUCGGGUUCGGAAAGGCCCGUUCACAUCAUCAUCAAACCUCAGGAGGAAGAGAGGGCAGAAGGUCAACACAGCAAAGAGCCGUCGCCUUGGUUGCCUCCUGUCAUGUAAGGGAGGCAUGUUGCAUUCAAGGAAAUGGGAAAACACAUACAGUGGCUGAGACUCUCACCUGCUUUCCCCUUCGGGAAUCUUAACUAAAACGGUAUUAGCCAGGCUGCCGUGUCCGUGAGAACAUGACAUCGUGAGUCCUGUCCUAGGUGUCAGAAGACCCCCCAAGUUGACACGUGACAGAACAAACCCAUUCAGAGGUUGAUGCACAGGAACCAUCAGCGUAAAAAGCAUCACUUUCACUUUAUGAAAAUACACUACUUACUGUAAUAUUAUUGUCUCAGUCUUUGCUGAGCGUGGAGAUCCCCAACAAAUAGAUAAAGAAGCUGAUUUAGUUCUUCUUUCCUUUGCCCACUAUAAAGCACAGGGCGUGUACCAUACAGGCUGAGCCAAAACUCUUUUUAUGGGUAAACAUCAUGUACCUUUUUAGUGGAGCGUAUUUAUGUAUUUGUUUUUAGCCACUGCUUCAUAUAUGAUUAGACAAUGAUGUACAAUCAUGUAUUUGUAUAUAUUCCUGCUGUUGCUCCCAACAUAUGUGUAAUACAAAUAUACACAACAUAUUUGAAAUGUUUUUACUGUAUGAACAUAUUUUCAAUGUCUGCGAUCCCAAUACAAAGAAAAAGACAAUCUUAGUUUUGUGCCUUGCAGUAUUAGAGAUCUUGCACUUUACUGAUGUGUGUGUACAUCUGUGUGUGCAAGGAUUCUUAGUAUUGUGUAAUAUUGGGAAUAUCCCUACUCUUGUCUGAUGUUCCAGGGUAGAAACCUCUUUAUUUAUUUUCUCUUGCAUCGCCAUGAGUUCCAGUAUAACUGACAUUAGUGUCCAUAGUGACUACCACGCCCCGCCAUCAGAGAUUUGAAGGGAUGGAAACUGCAGAUGAAAUGCUAGAUGAGAGUAAAUCAUUCAUAUCAUUUCAUGUAUUUGAAUGUUGAAAUAAAAUGUUUUUUUUAUAAAACUGCAUCUAUGA